AUGAAAUCGUAUCACCGAACUGGAAGAAACGGUUGUGGAACUCCGGAACACAAAGGAGUCUUCUGUGGUGACCAACAAAGAAGUUCUAGACGUAUUCGCCCAUCAAGACUGGUUGUGAAUGCAGAAGGUCCAGUGGCGUUUCAAGCCCAUUUGUCCGGUGAUAUGUCACAUAUUGGGCUUCAUCAGAAGAUCAUGUUCGAUUAUGUGUCCCUGAACGUUGGCAAUGCAUAUCACAGUUCACAUGGCCUUUUCAUCGCUCCGCGUCCAGGAAUUUAUAUAUUUUCAGGAUCACUUCUUGCGCAUGUUACAAAGGAAAUCGAAAUGGCGUUCAUGAAAAAUGGUGCAUUUAUUGGAGGGGGUAUCCUUGCAAAUGCAGUAAACACUAACGGCUAUGACCAAGGGUCCGAAACAGUUGUUGCACAGUUAAAAGCUGGAGAUGAAGUAUGGAUCGAGAAUCGGUGGCCUGAUGACACAUCCAUCAGAGGUAGUCAAUUUACCUGUUUCAUGGGCUGUCUGAUUAUGGAGCUUUAA